AGAGUCGGUGCCAUGGUAACGGCUAAAUGCGCUACAAAUUAAAAGACAACUAUUGAGCACUGUUUACCACCAGACUUGCCAAGUAAUGUUAACAUAACUUCAGUUUGAGAGGAAGAGAGAGGCCCAACUCUGCGGUAAAUCUGCCUCCUUCAAGCAGGAUCUGCUGUAUUCUCAAAUGAACUAAACAAAGGAAGAUCCAACUUUACAAUGCACACCUCCAAGGAUCAGGCAUCCCAUGCGUCUCUGCCAAGCCUGCCUCUGAAAAUACCAGAGGGAUUCAAGAGCAAUGUGUUGGCACCCAGGAAUCCCAAGCUAGUUAGAAGAGAGGAUAGGCCCAAAAAACUGACACCGUCUGCUUUUGCACAAGAGAUGUCCCAAUCUACGGAGGAGCGGCUGGCAAAUACACAUGAGAUGCACCCGCCACGCAUUCUAGAGCUGGUAGACAUGAGUGAGACCACUCACCAGAAGUUCUCUACCAUCGAUGUGGACCAGGCCAUGUUCCAGCCAUACCCCUCUGAGAUUGUGUUCCAGAAUUAUACGCCCUCAGAGACCUAUGAGAUUUCACUGAUUCUCCGUAACAUUGACAAGAUCCCACGGCGGGUGAAGGUGGUGGAGGGAGACUCUCUGUAUUUUAAAUUGGUCAGUCCAGUGGAUGUAUGUAGCAAAGUGGCCCCAGGGUUGGCGUCCACAUUCAGGGUCCUCUUUAUACCUCAGGAGAACAAGGACUACAUCCACAGGCUCAUCUGUGUGACAGAGAGGGAGAGGUUUGAGGUUCCUAUCCGGGCGAUCGGGGCGCGGGCCAUCCUAGACUUCCCUGACCACCUGCACUUCUCUCUGUGCCCUGUGAAGUGUUCCUCACAGAAGACCCUGCUGGUGCGCAACAUUGGCAACUGUGAGGCCAAGUUCCAGCUAAGCACACACAGCCCUUUUUCAGUGGAGCCCCCUCUUGGAACUAUUGGUGUUGGCGAGAGCAUGCAGGUGACAGUAGACUUCCUCCCCAAGACUGCAGGAGACCACAGCCAGGACCUGCUGCUUCACUACCAUACAGGGGAGGAUGUUUACAUCAGUCUGUAUGGAGCAUCUGCAGACGUGAAAGUGAGGCUGGACAGGAACUCUGUCAUAGUGGAGAAAACCUACAUCUCCAUGGCCAACCAACGCUCAGUCUCCAUAGUGAACAGGAGUGAUACUCUAGUCCACUACCAGUGGAAGAGCUUUGCCACUAAAGUGGAGGAAGAGCAGCAGAAGCUAAGGUUCUGUUCCGAGCUGCAGCGGGAGGAGGAGGAUGAGAUGGAUCAGUUCCUGACAGAGUGUGACGCUGACCCCACUCUACGUGACCGUCUCUCCCUGCUUUCACGCACCUUCCAGGACCGACGCAGGCAGCUGAGGGAGGAACGGCUGUCCUUCUCAGACAACUACAUCAUAGUGGAACCUCUGGAGGGGGACAUUUGGCCAAACACCACCUCAGAGGUCAACAUAAUUUUCAAACCACAGGAGGCAAAGAUUUAUCAACAGACGGUCUAUUGCGACAUCACAGGCCUUGAGUCUCGCCUACCCCUACGGAUAAAUGGGGAGGGGGUAGGCCCCAAAUUACAAUUCAACUUUGAUCUCCUUGACAUGGGUAACAUCUUUAUUGGCUCCAAACACAGCUAUGAGGUGCUUCUGUCUAAUAAUGGGCGCAUUGAGGCUCCCUUCAAGCUGGUGCCUCCCAGCUCAGGGUUUGGCCAGUGUUUCUCCUUCAGCCCCACUGAGGGGAUGGUUCCCCCUGGGGCCUGCCACGCCAUGGAGGUCUGCUUCUCCUCCAGCACCCUGGGGGUCUUCUCUGAGGAGUUCAUCUUCACUGUGGGGGGAAACCCGCAGCCUAUCAGCCUCACGUUUAGGGGUUGCGUAAUGGGCCCCACUUUUCACUUCAGCAUCUCAGAGCUCAACUUUGGGGAUGUGUCCUUCGGUUUCCCUCACACACUGAUCUGCAGUCUGAACAACACUUCUCUGGUUCCUAUGAACUUUGGGCUGAGGGUUCCAGGGGAUGGCAGUGGGCCUCCCAGCAUCACCAGUGCCUCCCAGGUGUCAGACUUUAGUAGGACAGAGUGGAGCUCCAGUACUGUACCAGACCGGCCCAUUGAGUUCACCCUGACACCCAACUCAGGAACCGUGCGUCCUCAGGGACUGGUUGACAUCCAGGUGACCCUGUGCUCCAACAGUGUUCAGUGCUACAGCCUGGCUCUAGUGGUGGACGUACAAGGGGUGGGGGAGGAUGUGCUGGCCCUACCCAUCAAUGCCAGGUGUGUCAUACCAAAUGUUCUUCUGGAUACCCCAGUACUACAGUUCCAGAGAUGUUUCCUGAGUUACCCUUACGAGCAGUCAGUGAAGCUUACUAAUGACAGUGACCUGCCUGCAUGCUACGGCCUUCUGUUCCAGGAGUAUGAGGAUGACCCCUCUCUGCUCUACUUCAGUGCCCACCCACGAGGGGUCAUUCAGCCCCACAGUGUUGUGGACAUCCCCCUGGUUCUGCUGGCUAAGACUGUUGGCAGGCUCCAACAAACUGUACACAUUGCUGUAUUUGGGAAGAAGGAGCCUCCUCUGAACCUGCUCCUGUCCUGCAUUGGGGAGGGUCCGGUAGUCCAUGUGAUGACCACAGAGGUGGCCUUUGGCAGCAUACCGGUUCUGACCGAUGUCUCCAGAACACUGCAGCUCUCAAACCAGUCCCCGAUACCAGCACGCUUUGUAGCACAAAUGGUGCGCAGCAGGUCCCUGUGGCGGGUGGAGCCAAGUGAGGGAGAGGUUCCACCCCAGGGGAAGCUGGAGCUGAGGCUAGUGGCUCACCUGGAUGACACCCUGCAUUUCCAGGACAAGCUGCACCUGUCCAUCCAGAAUAGUGAAACACACACCAUCCCUCUCUCUGCUACUGGCAAGGGCACUACUAUUGUCACCAACCGCCCUUUUGCCCCCAGUCUGGACUUGGGAGCCCAUUUCAGCUCUGGACCAUGUCAGUACCAUUUUAGAGUGACCAACCGAGGUCGCCGUUCCCACCAGCUGUACUGGACGACGGGAGGGGUACCCCCAGUUCCGCCGAAGAGUUCCCCCACACGCCCACACCACCAGGAAGGGAAAAGUCGCAGCUCCCUGGUACCCCCACCUGUAGAUGGGCCAGUCUUCAGCCUGCACCCCAUGCGUAUGAAGCUGGCCCCGGGACAUACUGCUGACAUGGUGCUGGAGGGCUCCUCUGACUCUCCCAAGGUGGUCCGAGAGAGGCUGGUGUGUCACGCCAUCCUAGGUCACCAGAGUGGGAAGGAGCGCAUCAUGACGGUGGACGUCACAUGUCGGUUUGUCUCACCCAUCCUGGACAUCUCCUCUCAGCAGCUCAGCUUCUAUGUGGAGAAGGCUCCAGGUGUCUCUCUGCUUCCUCUCUACCAAAAGCUGCUGCUGAGGAAUGAGUCGUCUCUGGCCCUCUCUCUGCAGCUCACUCUGGCUGAGCCCUUUGGUCUGUCUGACCACGAUGGUGAUCACACAUGUGUCACUUCUAAGACUUUGGUACUGGCUGUAGGAGUGCAGACGGUGCAGUGGGUACGCUUCGACCCCUCAUACUGCCAGGACAGUAUAACGCGGGUGGCUGAGGAGGUGCUGGAGGUGCGUUACUCAGACCUACCUCAGCAGGACACGGUGGGCCUGAGGGGAGAGGUCCACUUCCCCAACCUGCACUUCUCAAGUGCGGCUCUGGACUUUGGCUGUGUACUGAAUCACACCGUGGCUCAGCGCCAGCUCACCAUGACCAACUGCAGCCCUCUGUCUGUGUACUACCACUGGGCCUUCCUGGUCGACCAGCAGCAGUACACCAUCAGGUUUCAUGAGCAGACCAACGUGAGUGAGGGAAGAGCGACCACACAUGAGGAGGAGAGGGAUACGCAAUGGGACCUGUCCAAAAAGAGAAACAUUGACAUCAGAGUGGACUCAAACAGGGAAAUUGAGGUUCCCAAACUGCUCCUGGAUAAGGAGGGGGAGGAAGAGAAGGGAGACCAAGAGAAUGAGACUAAGGAGGGGAGGAGCUCUCCCAAAGAUCCCCUGUCAGCUCCAGUCACCACCACUCUCAUCACAGAGGGGAGGCAGAGCCAGGGGCGAGGCAGCUACAACCCCAGCAGACAGGAGCACAACAGGACCUCACCAGCACAGUGGCCAGCCAGUACUGAUCAGAACACAGGCACAGCAAGCCACACUACAAAGGAGCACCCCAGUGUUGGAGUGGAGGAGGUGUUUAAUAUCCUACCUAUAUAUGGGGUGCUGCAGCCAGGUGAAAGCCAGGUGGUGUCCUUCUCCUUUUACGGUCAUGCUGACAUCAGUGGUCAGGUUCUGGCUCUGUGUGAGGUCGAGGAGGGCCCCACGUAUGAAAUCACACUCAAAGGAGAGGCUUCACUGGUCACCUACAGCCUGAACGGAACAGAGAUAGACUUUGGCCUUCAGUUGUUUGACCGUGUGGCAGAGGCAGAGAUCACCCUGAGGAACACAGGGAAGGUGGGCUUUGAGUUCAGUGCUCUGUUGGGGGAGCAGGAUGGGUGUGAGGACCCUCGGCCUGGACAUCCCCUGGUCAUCUCCAGAAUGGGUUACAUCGAGGCGAAUGCAGAGCAGAAGCUGUCAGUGUACUAUCUCCCUGGGAUCCCUGAGGUCUUCCACAAGACUUUCCAGCUGCAGGUGGCUUUCUUUGAGCCAGAGAGCAUCACUCUUAGAGGAGAGGGCAUCUUCCCCAGGGUGUGCCUGGACCUACCCAGAGAGCUCGAUGAUGAGAGGUAUACUGCAGUGGUGAAGGAGGCCAAGAAGGCCCUGGAGGAGGACAGGAGGGAUGUGGGCAUCAGCCGGCCUGCUACUGGAGAGGGCCUUCUGUCAGACAUGGACUACAUCCCUACAUAUGAUGCCCUGCUGCAGAUGGAGGUAGAGAGGCUGUUGGUGAAACAGAAUGCCAUGGCUAUUGAGAAGAGACAAGGGGACAAUAGAGACACGCCUGCAUCCAUUAGCAAAUGGCGCAAGAAGCUUAGCAGGUUCCUCCUGCCGGAGUACACACUGGAUUUUGGCUAUGUGAUCCAUGGUAGUGUUCCUAACCACAUAGUCAAAGUGACAAACACUGGACCCAUGUCUGUGUCCUUCUGGGCUGACCGCCGCCCACUCAGAGGCACAGGAUUUGUUGUAGAGCUGGAUAGAGUGAAGAAUCUGCCCUAUUGUGAGACUGAGACUUUUGAAGUGAAGUUUGACCCCCGUGGAGCAAAUCUGAAUUUAGGGGAGAUCAACACUGUCAUGCCUAUACAGGUGGUUGGGGGCCCUGCAGUGCAGGUCUAUCUUUGUGCCGUAGUCACCAUGCCCUCCCUCACGGUCUCCACGGAUACGCUGCAGUUUGACAGCAUUCAGUGUGGGCUGUGUCAGGUAACCACCGUCCAGCUGUUCAACCCCGAGCCUGUCCCCUGUGAGUGGAGCAUUGCAGAGGAGCAACGGCCCAGGAAGAAGAUUGACAAGCAUGUCCCCCUCCACCUGAGACGGAAGGCCAGAUUGGAGCAGCGUCCUCCUCCAGUGGUGUUUGAAAUGCUACCUUCAACAGGCGUGCUGUAUCCUGGAGAUAGAGUCAACGUCCAGGUCAAAUUCAGCCCAGCCGAGGGGAGGGCGUACAGACAGAGGCUGGUGGUGUCAGUGGCCCAAAGCACCCAGAGGAUGCUGCUGCUGGCCCAGGGGCAGGGAGAGGAGCCCCAGCUGUAGUUCUCCUCCUCUGUGCUGGAGCUGGGACCCACCCUGCCAUUCAGUGCUGGAGAGGAGGCUGAAGUGAUCGUACGGAACCCCUGCCCCUUUCCCAUUGAGUUCUACUCCCUGGAGUUUGACAAGAAAUACCUGGAGGAAGAGAAGAUUCUGCGUAUGAUGAAGGGCUAUGAUGUCCAGAACGUCCUGCUGUUGCCCCCACGCGCCCCAGGAGAGUCACUACCUCCUGAGCUAAUGGACUAUUACAACGAACACAACUGUGAGGAGGAGGAUGAGUCCAAGGCUGGCUCCCCUAAAGAUGAGGAGGCAUCUGAGGCAGGGGAUAAGGGAGAGCAGGAGGAGGAGAUAGCCACCCCACCCCUUCCAGAACGACUCGUGGAGGAGGAGAAAGAGGCAGCUCCCUCCAAGGAUGGGACGCCAUGUGGAGACCUGAUCAAAGACACCGUGGAAAGCAGGACUGCCAGUGUGGGGGACCUGGAGGUCAACCCAGUGUCCAGAGCUAUUGCACGCCACAUGGGCAUUGACCUGUCACCUGAGGGCCAGGCUGCACGAAACCGCCGGGGCAUCGCAAUCAUUGUGCAUGGGGCUCCCCUCUCAGGUAAAACAGGCACAGCAGUGACUCUGGCCAAAUACUAUGGAGCAGCGUGUCUGAGCAUUGAUGCUGUGGUGCUGGAGGCACUGUCCUCAGGGAUGACCUCUGCUGGCCUGCGGGCCCGAGAGCUGUGUGCCAAGGCUGCUAUGGAGCAUGCUCAGAAGAGGGUGGAGGAGGCCGCCCAGGCAGUGGUGGAGAUGAUGGGGCCUGCUGGUCAAGGUGUUGGUACUCUGAGUGUGGAGGCUGUAGCCAAACACACAGCUGAGGGCAGUCAAGUCAUUGACCCCAAGGCUCCAGCCUCCUCCAUCUCUACACGUAACAAGAACAGUGUUGUGGGAGGGAAGAGGAUCGACGGAUCACAGCCCACCGCCCCCUCAAUGGGUUGUGGUCCUAUCCACCGGCAGCUGAGCAUCAGUGGGAGCCAGGUGGGAGAGCUGGGCCUGAUGAGCUGCCUGCUACCAGACCAACUGCUGGUGGACAUCCUCUCAGAGAGACUACAGCUAAGUGACUGUCACCGGGGUGUUGUGAUGGACGGGCUGGAGACGCUGUACUGCCUCUCCCCCAGCAGCACCCUACAGAUCAUCCUCAAGGCCUUCAACAACAGAUCCUUCAUCUACAUGGUCAACCUCUCCAACAACUACUAUGCCUUCAAGGCCAAUGAGAGGGCACAGAGAGAGGCAGAGGAGGUCUUACAGAGGGAGCAGGCUGAGAAGGAAAAGCUGCGCUUGCAAGAAAUGGAUGAGGAGGAGUAUGAUGCCCUGCCAGAGGAGGAGAAAGAGCGCAUCGACCUCAGACACCUUGUGGCACUGAGAGAACGAAAACGCAGGGAUUGGAUGAAAAAUGCUUACGCACAUAUUAAGGAACAAGAGCGGGCAGAAAGGGAACAGGAGGAGAGGAGACAACAAGAGGAGCUAGAGAGAGUGAGAGAGGAAGAGGAGAUGAAAAAGAAAAAAAAGAAAGGCAAGAAGAAGCCUGCCAAGGAGGACUCAUCAGGGAAGAAGAGUCAGCUUGGAGGAAAACAGAUCAGUCAACUGUGUCACACGUCUAGUGAGGGUGACCGACUGCUGUUGUCUUGGUUCAAGCUCUACGAGCAGAGCCAGCCCCAGCUUCUCCACAUUCUACAGUUCUGGGACCGAGCCCAGGGUCAACUCCUCCAGCCCCUGUUCUCUGAAGACAACAUCCAGGAGCCAGAGGAAGUAGUCCCUGAGAGACAGGCCCCCUCCGGCAAGAAGACCAAGAAAGAGCGGGAGAAGGAGAAGGUGGAGAAGGAGAAGGAGCGCUUGGAGAAGGAGAAGUUGAAGGCAGGUGCCACAGACAUGAGGCUGGUGUCUCCAGCCCCUAGCCAGGCCCUUCUAGCAGUGGAGGGGAAUGAGGGAGGGGACAGGGAGGCUGCACCAGAGACUGUGCCCCACAUCCUCCUUUCUGUUACUGGGAGGGGCUAUCUUAGCGGAAUAGAGAUCCUGAAGAGCAACAAACUGCCGCCUCUUGAAGAGGUGUUGGAUGGUUUAGGGCUGGGACCCAAGGGCCCUCCUAUCCCCCCCUCCACUAUCUUCUCUGUCAUCCCCUACCCUAAGAAGAGGCCUGUGCCCAGUGCACAGCAGAUCACUAGUUGCUUCACCUUCAUGGUGCCCUCAGUCCCAGAGGAUCCAGCAGGGGAGAAGAAAGCUGCAGACAUGGAGGCUGAAGCUGAAGGCUCAGUCAAGGAAGAAGUGGUGACCCCUACAAAAGGACGGGGGAAGAAGGCAGACACAGGCAGAGAGAGUCAGAAAGACAAGAGACGCACCCCAGCCAAAAAGGGGGCCAGGUCCAAUGACUCUCGCUCCCCUCCUCUCAACGCUGUGACUCCCUUAUCUGACACUGAGCAGUGCCAACAGGAGUCCCAACAGGAGCGCAACCAGCGGCUCACAACAUUCCGCUGGAAUGUCCCACCCAAUGGAGAGGUGAGCCUGAAGAUCUGGUUCCACUCUCAAUUGCCUGGCAAGUUUGACCAAACACUGAACUUUGAGUUGUUGGGUACAAAGAGACGGUACCAAAUGUACUGUAGAGGCAUCUGUGCAUAUCCGUCCAUCAGCAAAGACGUAAAGAUGGUGUUUGCCCACAGUAAGAGGGUCCUUCAGUCUGAUGAGGUGCUGCAGAAGACCUACAUCAUUCGCUCUGGCCUCUAUGAGUUUGGCCCGCUGCUCUGUGGGAAGACCAGAGAUAGGUAUAAAGAGAGGAAGUAUCCAGAGAACAUCGAAAGGCUGGUGAUACACAACAACUCCCCACUGGAUGCUGAGAUUCACUUCUGCUUCCAGCAUGACACCAAGGCUACCACCUACCUACUGGACCCUCCCAACAUGACCCUCAAACCCAACGAGAGACAAGAGCUGACCGUGUGGGCGUACCCUACGAGCCCGGGGCAGAUAGAGGACAGUGUGGUGUGCUGUAUCAAAAAGAACCCAGAGCCAACCAUCUUCCGCUUCUCCUGUCGUGGGGUCCGGCCCGAGCUCGAGAUUGAACGCAAGCAGCUGCAUUUUGAUAAGAUUCUACUGCACAGGAAGGACACAAGGAAUCUGUGCCUGCGUAACAACACGCUGCUGCCUGCAGCCUGGAGGCUGAGUGGGCUGGAGGUGCUGGGCGAUGAGUUCAGUGUGUCUCAGGACCAGGGCAUCAUCCUGCCACACUCUGAGUUCUGCUUGCAGAUGCAUUUCAGAGCCAUGAAGCCCAUCAACCUGAAGAGAGCCAUUCGCCUCGAGGUGUCCGAUGUGGAGAACAUCCUGGGUAUUGUCCAUACAGAGAACAUACAGAUCCUUGCUGAGGCCUACGACGUGGCUCUGGACAUCACCUUCCCUAAAGGGGCUGACGGUGGUCUAGACUUUGGAACCAUCAAAGUAUCUGAGGAGGUCAAGCUUUCUGUGAACAUGAAAAACAAGGGCAAAAAUGAGAUAGCUUUCAAGUUCAUCCUGGAGGCCACAGAUCCAGCCAUGCCAGACCUGAACCAGAUCUUCACCAUAACCCCCCAGAAGGGCUCCCUCAACCCCAACAAACAGCCCACAUGCGUCCAGUUUGUGUUCCGCCACAACAAGGAGGUGUCCAUCCGAGAGCAGCCAAUUCUGCGCUGUCAAGUGACUGAGCCAAAUAUUGCAGAGGGUGGAGAGACCAUUGUCAUCAUUCCCAUCAAAGUAUCAAUCCAGUCCCUCUUCUCGAAAUACAACAUCAUGCCCUCCAGUGACAUUAACUUUGGGCCACUAGUAUACGGCUGCCGCAAGACACAAACCUUCACCAUAGAGAACAAGGGAGACUUUGAGAUCCGCUUCAACAUCAGCAGGAUGUGUAAAGACCUGCCACAGCCUGCCCAGAGGAGAGGCAUUGUGGGGAAGAGAACAUCACGUGAGAACCACUCUGCUAAACCCCUCACUGGAAACAAAGUGCGGCGAGCUGAAUCCAUCCAGAAGGACAUGGGCAUGUCCACUCUGGCCCGUUUCACCAUGGGCGUGUUCUCACUGGUGCCUGGUUUUGGUAUCCUGGCGCCGGGCGCUCACCAGGUGGUCACGGUAGACUGUGUGGCAGAGCAGGCAGGACGCUGGCAGGAGUGCCUGGCCCUGGACAUCACUGACCGAGACCCCUCAGACAAUCCAGGUGGUAUCCCCUACCGGCUUGUGGCCGAAGUCUGCAUGUCAGGGAUUGCAUACAAAGACAUUGCCUCUAUUUUUGAGGAGCACCGUAUCUGCAAGACCAGCACCAUGCUGUACUGUGAGCAGUUCCGUGAUUCCAUGGGCAUCUAUAUUCAGGACGAGAACAAAUUUGUUUUCAAUAAUGUUCUGGUGGGUCGUCCAGCCAAAGCUCGCUUCCGCCUCACCAACAACGGCAAGGUGCCCUGCGAGCUGAGCCUUGCAGUCAAACCUGUCCUUACUAAGAUGUCAAUGCAUAGCACGGAGGUGUUUGAGCUGAUGCCUGGCAGGCUGUCUAUACCCAGUCACUCUCAUGCCUUUGCCAUCAUCACCUUCACCCCUCAGACCAUGCAGACUUACCAUGCUGUGUUUGAGGCCACCCUGGAGGGAGCUACCAGUCUGCAACCCAUGGCCAAGUCGAAGGUGUUGGUGUUUGAUUUAAUGGGUGAUGGCAAUCUGCCCAGUGUGACUGUUCUGAGACCAGUCCUGAGGACCAGCCGUGGACACCCUCUGCUGCAGUUCAAACGGCUGCUGGUGGGCCGGGCCCAGACCCUGCCCCUGGUGCUGAAGAAUGAUGCCAAUGUACCUGCUUAUAUUCACAUUGAUCUUCUGGAUAAGAUGGGGGUGUUCACCUUGAGAGCUGCUCCCAACACCAACUGCAGCAACAUCUCCUCAUCACACAUAGAGGCCGAGGCCAGGACAGAGAGACAGAUGGCGCACACAGCCUCCUUGGUGCUGUUAGGCGGCCAGCAGGCAGAGUUUGAGGCGGAGUUUAGUCCCGUGGUGGCUCAGAGCUUCGAGGCCAACAUGCGCCUCCUAGUGGUGGACAACCAGUAUGAGGAGACAGUGGUGCGGCUGCUGGGGGAGGGCUACCAUGACGUCGUCUCCCUGGACAACAUCAACAGCAAUGCUCAGCAAAAGGAGUGCUCACCAGAUGGUAAGGGGGACCUGCUGUUCUUUGGAGACUGUCACGUGUCCAGGCCCUACCAGGAGACCUUCACCAUGACCAACUUGAGCAGCAGUAACGUGCUGAGGUUUGAGUGGCCGGCCGACGGCCCCCAGGUCUGCUUCUCCCCCCAGGUGGGCCACCUCCAUGCAGGCUGUGCCAAGGAGGUGACCGUGACCUUCUGCUCAGAGCAGCCUCUGGUGCUGACCGCCCAGCCUAUGAAGUGUAAGCUGUGCAGGGUGGUGUUCCAGCAGCCUGUGGACCAGGUGCCAGACUGGGAUGACCGCCUCAGGACCGUCAAGUGGGUCGACUCUGGAAAACAAGUGGGGAGUCAACAGCCUUCAAAGAAGAAGGUGAUUGAGACAGACCCAGAGCCAGUCCACAGUGUAGUAGAGAAGUCAUUCAGGGAGACGGAGCUGCGCAUCAGUGCUGUGUGUGAUUAUGCCAAGUUCACCUGCAACGCAGAGACCAUCCGCUUCAAGGACACACUGCUCUAUCAGACCAGAGUGUUCCCACUCCAGAUGGUAAACAAAGGCAGUGUGAAGCUGGAGUACUCAUGGCAGGUCCUGAUGGACAAAUAUGGAAAAGGUGUCCACUUUGAUCAUCGAGACGUUAGCCCUCGCUCCUGUCAGAGCAGUAGAUUAGGGGUCAGACCUGCCAGCUCUUUAGAGAGCGUGUCAUGCCUGAUGCUGGGUGACCCAGACCUGCCACCCUUCUCCGUGGAGCCCAGUGUGGGCAUCAUCAGCCCUGGAGCCACCCAGACCUUCAGGAUCAAGUUCUCCCCCUUGGAGGUAGCAGAGUGUGAGGCCAGGCUGGUCUGCAGCAUCCCCAACCUGAAAGACGAGCAGAGCCCCACCAUGGUGGUGUGUGGUCGCAGUUUACUGCCCUACUGCCACUUCCACCUGGAGGACUCAGACUACAUCAGUGGAAACAGACGUAACCCAGAACUACGUGGUCCUCAUGGGGCACUGCCCAGGGGCCCCCUGGACCCCAACACCAGGGUCAUAGAGUUCAGAUCUGUGGGCAUUGGCUCCUCCAUCCCUAGGCAGUUCAGCAUUGUAAACCCCACCAACAAGCUUUACUCCUUUAUCUGGAGAUGUGAAGAUGCAGGUGCCUCCCCUUUCCAAUGUCUCACACCCAAUAACUCCAUUCAGCCUGGGAAGAAAGUAGAGGUAUCCUUUGAGUUCCAGGCCCAGGAGCCAGAUACAGUGGAGUCAUUCUGGACCUUCCUGAUCCCAGAUCAGAACCUGUCUGUGCCCUUCCUGCUGGUUGGAACAGCUAGUGAGCCUGUUGUCUACAUGGACCAUGCCCAUCUUAGCCUGGGAAACCUGCUAGUGGGACGCAAGGCUCACCAAACAGUGUAUCUGCUGAAUGGAGAGAAUCAGCCCUUUCAGUUCUUCAUUGAGGAAACGUCCCGUUACUCAGAGGCCUUCCUAGACAGCCUGCAGCUGGAGCCCAUGGAGGGGGUGGUGCCACCUAAAGACAGGUUCCCUGUGGUUGUGUCUUUCACCCCGACACAAGAUGGAGUGGUGACCUUUAACCUGCUGGUCCAGGUGAAGGGGAAGGUCCAGCCCCUCAAUAUGAACGUCAAGGCAGAGGGCUACAGCAUGAAUGCCUGUGUGCAGUGUGAGAGCACAGAGGGAGGCGUCACCGAGCUGUCUCCAGGCAACUCUCAGGUGGACUUCAAACAGGUGGAGCUCAGUGAUACGACAUUGUGUUCCUUCUUAGUGUCCAACCUGGGGAAGUUCAAUCUGGAUGUUCAGUAUGAGUUAUGGGGCCCGGCGGAGAUGCAGCGCCACCUAAAGGUGGAGACAGACAAGGGGAGUGUGGAGGUGGGCAGACAGAGCCGCUGUACUGUCACGUUCUCCCCCCUGCAGAAGUGUGUGCUCAAAGACGUGGGCCUCAACAUCAAGAUUAAGAAUGGGCCUGUGUUCAGCUGCUCCAUCCUGGGUUCAGCAGUUGCCCCUGGCCUGGAUUUCUCCUUCUUGAAACACAACUUUGGAAUGAGCUUUAUCUACUGUGCGGGGAUGGUGCCAGCCACACAUACACUGAUCAUAAGCAACAAGGGAAAGAGAGGGAUCAGUCUAGAUUGUCAGUUCUCCAACAACCCAUUCCUGGAGGUGGGCUUCCAGCCAGAGGUGCUGCCCCCUGGUGGGUCCAUGGAGGUGCCCAUCACCUUCUACCCACGGGAGGCCAUGCGCUACCAUGAGAGAGUGGUCUUCGAGAUCAAUGACUGUGCCAAGCAGGUGGUCGAGAUCCUAGGUCAAGGCAUUGAGAUGAAGGUUGACUUUGAGGACCCCAGACACAAGGUGGUGAAUCUGGGGACUCUGCAGAUUGGUCAGAAGAUCAGGAGGGUGAUUCCCCUGGUGAACAAUAGCCACUCCUCUCUAACCUUCUCCCUGCUACUCAGCUCUACUGUACACACUCUGCUGGACUCCAGGGUGCUGUCAGUGAACCCGCCAGGUGAGGUGACCCUGAAGCCGUUUGGGGGCCGCUGUCUGGUUGAGGUGCUGUUCUCUCCCAGGCAGCGCAUGGCUCCCUUCACGUCAGAGCUGCAGUUUGAGUGUCUGGGCACGGUCCGCCCCCUGCUGGUACUGAAGGGCUGCUGUCUGGGAGUGGAGGUCAAGUUGGACCAGGACUACCUGCCCUUUGGAGCUGUUGCUCAGCGCUGCAAGGUCACAAGACGCAUCAUCAUGCAGAACACUGGAGACAUCGGAGCCAGGUUCCAGUGGGAAAUAAAGAGGUUUGGCAGAGACUUCUCCAUCACCCCUGUAGAGGGCUACAUCUGCCCCGGCCAGGAGGUGCCGUUUGAGGUGACCUUUUCCCCUGUGGAGCUGAGCCAGGAGCUGAGAUAUGAUGACCUGCCCUGCUCUAUAGAAGGAGCCAAGCCCAUCAAACUCACGCUGGCAGGCUCCUGUAUCAUACCCCCGGUCGCCAAAGAGGUGUUGCAUUUUGUGUGUCAGGUGCGCUGUCAGCACAUUCAGUCACUGACCCUGUCCAACCGCACCAACCAGCGCUGGACUCUGAAACCUUUGAUCGAGGGGGAGCACUGGAGUGGCCCUCCCUUCUUCAUCAUCGAGCCCUACCAGCAGAACAAGGCCUAUGAGAUCACAUACAAACCCAUGGUCACGACCGCCGAUGGCAAGAAGCACCUGGGCUCUGUGUCCUUCUCCUUUCCAGAUGGGACAGGCAUGCUUUACACUCUGCAUGGCACUGCUGAGGCCCCCAAGGCUGUGGCCACCAUCACCCACGAGAUGCCCUCCAAGACCCAGUACACUGAGAUGGUGCCUGUCCACAACUGGCUCUCCAAACCUCAGAGGUUCCGUGCUGUAGUGGAGAUCAUCAAGCCAGAGAGGCCAGACAGCACUGUGUCCCUGAAGGGUCUGGACUAUCUGGAUGUACCAGCUCUGGCCAAGAGGGACUACAAGGUCUCCUUCUUCACCUACAAGGAGGGCCAGUACAACGCCAAGGUGACAUUCCGUAAUGAGUCUACAGGGGAAUACCUGUUCUACUACCUGAACUUCAAGGCCACAGCGCCGGGUGUCAUCAGCACCAUAGAAAUGGUGACUCCGGUGCGCCAGACAGCCUCUGCCUCUGUCAGGGUGGAGAACCCCCUCCCCAUUAGCCUGUACUUCAGCGCUGAGUGCCACAGCCCAGACGUCAGUGUGCCUCCACAGCUCUCUACGCCUGCACUCUCCAAGGCCACUCUUUCAUUCGAGUACCAGCCCCUGCGUGCGGGCGAGUCCACCGCUCGUCUCAUUCUUCAUAAUGGAGAGUUGGGCUACUUCCACUAUGAGCUGUUGCUGAAAGCCCUGCCAACGUCACCUGAGAAACCGCUCUACUUCCGUGCUCCGCUGGGCAGCGGACACUCCGUCUCUGCCAAGUUUACCAACUACUCCCGCGUCAAGGCAGAGUAUGCCUGCAAGACAGACAGUCCUGAAUUCAUUGUGGAGAAGAACAUCAACGCUGAAGCUGGCUACCAGGCGGGCACCGACAUCAGCCUGGAGGUCUACUUUGAGCCUUGUCAGUUGGGGGAGAUCUGUGGCAUGCUCACCCUCUCCUCAGUGUUUGGUGGAGAAUACACGUUCCCUCUCUUUGGGUGCUGCACUCCUCCCAAAGCCCAGGGCCCCUUCACCAUAUGCGCCGGAUCCAGCGUGUCCAUCCCUUUUAAGAAUGUGUUUGUUCAGACCACAGCCUUCUCCUUCCAGGUGGACAGCCCAGCCUUCACUGUGAAGGGUGUGGAGACCAUCCGGCCCAAGAAGACCCGUAACAUUCUGGUGAUGUUCGAGGGGCCACCCCCUGGCUCCCGAGGGCCCUGCAGUGGACACCACCCCGUCUUGACGGAACACAACAGAAGAACAACAAGCAACAGGUUGAGGAAGAGGAGGAGGAAAAAGAGACAGAACAAGAAGAGGAAGAGAAGGGGAGAAGAAGAGGGUCAUCAUGAUUUGGCUAAAUCCUCUCUAUGCCCGUCCUGUAGGCGUGGUUUUGACGUUGCUCUUCUCCUACCAUGCUCCCAUACCCUGUGUGGGCGCUGUGUAGGGGGUGGAGAGGGGGCAGGGCGAUGUGUACUGGAUGAUGAAGGGGACGGUGUGUGCCAUGCUUCCCGUGGUGGCACCCGUUCUGCCCACCACCGCUCUAACAGUGCCCCUGUGUGUGCCGUGCUGUGCCCUUGCUGUCGCCACCCUGUGGAGCUGCCAUGCUGGGAGUGGGCUUCUGCUACCUACUGCCUGCCCCUCGACCCCACCCUGACCCCUGGGUGGACAGCCAGUAGAGCUGGGGACCAGGCAGAAGGAGGGACGAAGGCCUUCUCACAGGGGAAUCCAUUGGGCAGGGACACAGGGGGUGUCACGGACCAGAGCACUGCUGCAUAUGGAAGAGUAGCUGCUGCCUUGGACGCAGGCUCACCACUGGAGGGUGCUAUAGACCUACGAGAGGAGGAGAUGGAACAGUCUGUCUCAGGUCUGACAUUCACCCUGGACCCCUCUGCUGCUGCUCCAUCCCUCCAUCUCUCCACCUCCUCUCUCACUGUGACCUUCCACGGACCAAGCCCUCCGCCACUACCCUCUCGCCACCAUAGCAACAGGGUCACGGGGUCAGUAACAAGCACUGGAUCCCAGGAGUCUGCCCCCCAGCCACUCCCUCAGGUGUGUGGGGACGUGGUCAUCGUCAGGGGUCAGUUCUACUGGGAGGUGGAUGUCUGCAACAGCACCCUCUACAGGAUAGGAGUGAGCUCAUUGGACGAUGCUUGCGGCUGGUGGCUGGAAAGGCGGGGCUUGUCCUUCUCCACUAUGUAUGAUAGCCGUCGGGAGCCCUUACGUGCCGUGCCCCCCCAGAUCAAGACCCUAGGGCUGUUUCUCAACAUGGGUGGAGGGGCGCUGAGCUUCCACAACCCUCUGACCCAGGAACACCUGGCCACCCUGCCCACUCGCUUCAGCCAUGCUGGGGUACGUCCCGCUCUGGGGCUGGGCCAGGGCAGGCUGAGACUUCACUGUGGCCUUCCCCCUCCGCCCCACGUCUUCCUCAGCCCAACGUCUGUCUAUAGAGGGCCUACUGGAGCUGGUGAGGGUCGCUGGCGCAGAGACGUGCCCUUCCGGUCUGUACGGACGGUCAUCCAGAGGUUUGAGGAGCUGGCGGUGUCAGAUUCUGACUCAGGGCUGGUAUCCAGUUUUGGGUCGUCCUGCUCCACUCUGGCCGAACCAGGCCCAGGCCUCAGCUUCAGCCUCAGCCCAGUAGCAGCUCUCCAUCCUGGGCAAGAGGGGAAGGAGGCUGGGGCAGAGUGACAUGUGGAGGACAGAGUAUAGUACAUUGUACAAUGAGGGGCCUCUACCCUGCUGGUGAUAGGGGCAAACUGCUACCACAUCAAGCUGUCACAUCGUCAUAUUGCAAAUAAGGUUGUCAUAAGGUUGGUCAUGACAGUAUGUGACAAAUUUGGGAUAAACUUGUGAGAUGGAAGGGCCAUUCUUCUGCUAUAUGAUGGGAGAAAACUGAAUAACACCACAAACCCUUUGGGAUGAGUUGAUCUUUGGAUGACCAUUUCCAUGGUUAAUUUCCCAUCUCUGAAGAACUCUCUGUGACUUUCUCAUCAGUGUGGCCCUGUAAUUGACUUUCUCCCCAGGACGCUGGGCUUCCUCUCAGCUCCACAACCCCCGGAGGUUUGGGGCUGGGCCAGCGCUGUCUGUGGGGGUGUUAGGAGGAGGAGGAUGUCUCACUGGGGGUCCCACACUCUGGUGUGGGGGUUGAUGGUAGGACAGUAGUGUUGAUACGGAGGGUGGUGGUGUGUGUGCAUGAGGAUGUGAGGCGUGGGAGUCAGUGGUGGUAACACUCUACCAGUGUUGACUCAGGGUCACAAAGACAGGUGGUAAAGUAUGUUUAUCCCGCAGGCCGUGUGUGUGUGUGUGUGUGUGUGUGUGUGUGUGUGUGUGUGUGUGUGUGUGUGUGUGUGUGUGUGUGUGUGUGCAUGGGCUGGGCCCAGAAGACUACAGGACCCCAAUGACUUCAAAAGACAGCCAGGGAAAGAGAGAAUGAGAAAUAUGGAGGGAAGUAGGCCUUUAUAGAAAUGUAGCAGGUGGAGAGAUGGUUGGAGCCGGAAUAAGUCAGAAAUGUUAGGUUGUUUGUCCACUUGAUUGUGAUAUUCAAUCCUACUGCAACAUUAUUUGUCUGGUCAUCUAAACCAGGAAGUAUUAUUUGGGAGGGAUUUCCCUCUGCCCCAUCUUGUCUCUCCAUGAUCUCUCUGUUUUCUCUUUUUCUGCUGUUUGCAUGUUCUGGAAUGGACACUCCAAUCAUUUGGUCAGACCACCCACAUUGUAAAUCAGCUGUAAAUCACAUUGUAAAAAAAACGGUAACAAAAAUGA